GAAAGAUGUCCACGGUGACAAAUGGACACAGCUAGUGGGAGGGAAGCGGGCGUGGCAAAUCGCACCGGCCAGCGCCCCCUGGCGGGCGUGGUGCACCGAGCCACGGCCCCCGCACCCGCCGACUGUGAGCGCGCCGGCGGCGGUGGUGGAACGGAGCCGGGAACCCCCUGGGCGCUUGACAAAUGCCUUUCCUUAAGAGGAUUUGGAGAGGUGGGAAGCAUCACCAGGAGAAGCCAUGGCUGGUCUAGCCAUUGCCAGAGCCAACGGCCAAACCUUUUGGCAGCUGAAGAGACCCCACCUAGCCGCCCACCGGCGUCCUAACCUCUCGGACCCGCCCACUACCAGUGAGGUCCCGGGGAGAUAAAUCUGUACUGGGAAACUCGGGGGCGGGGCUGCAAUGGGGGCCAGCAGUUGCUGUUAGAGUUUGGACCAAUCAGCCUUCGACUCCACUUCUCUUGGCCAGUAGGAAGUGGGUUAGGGCGCAGAGGCGGAAGGUGCGGCUACAUGAGCAGGCGUCAAAGCCAAUCAGCUGUGGAUGUGGUUCCUGUCUGCCAACCAGCAGGGAGAGCGGGUCUGUGGGCGGGAGGCCGGAGCAGCUGUCAGGCUAAAGUCCGGCGAGCUAAGCGCGGCGGGACGGCGGAGGAGACGCGGCGCCCGGCCGGGCCCUGGAGAUGGUCCCCGGCGCCGCGGGCUGGUGGUGUCUCGUGCUCUGGCUCCCCGCGUGCGUCGCAGUCCACGGCUUGCGAAUCCAUGAUUAUUUGUACUUCCAAGUGCUGAGUCCUGGGGACAUUCGAUACAUCUUCACAGCCACACCUGCCAAGGAUUUUGGUGGUAUCUUUCACACGAGGUAUGAGCAGAUUCAUCUUGUUCCUGCUGAACCUCCAGAGGCCUGCGGGGAACUCAGCAACGGUUUCUUUAUCCAGGACCAGAUCGCCCUGGUGGAAAGGGGGGGUUGUUCCUUCCUCUCCAAGACGCGAGUUGUACAAGAGCAUGGUGGUAGAGCCGUGAUCAUCAGUGACAAUGCAGUUGACAACGACAGUUUCUAUGUGGAGAUGAUCCAGGACAGUACCCAGCGGACAGCUGACAUCCCUGCCCUCUUCCUGCUUGGCCGAGAUGGCUACAUGAUCCGCCGCUCCCUGGAACAGCAUGGGCUGCCAUGGGCCAUCAUCUCCAUCCCAGUCAAUGUCACCAGCAUCCCCACCUUUGAGCUGCUGCAACCGCCCUGGACCUUCUGGUAGAAGAGUUACUCCUAUAUUCCAGCUUGAAGUGACCCUGUGCUGGCGAAAGGAAACCCAGGAAUUUUGCUAUUUGGAGUUUGGGGGUAGCAUCUGAGGACAAGUGGAAGCCAGGCAGAUGAAAGGAGACUUGAUCACGCUGAGGAAGGAAGGAAGCCACACCACUCACUGGCUUUCCCUUCCCCAGGGCCUCCAAGGACAUCUCAUGCUAAAGAGACAGGCAAAAGCCAGGCCCCAAAGUCUUCUGGCUAGAAUCAAGCAAAAGGAGCUAAAGGCAGCAGCCUGAAUCAAUCUGACACCUGUCAUAACACCUGCUUCAGCCUCCCCAACCUAGGAUCUCCUCACAGUGACCACAGCAACUGCUGGAGUUGUUUAAGGAACUGGUGUCUGGGGACUCAAACCCUCAUUGACAUUGUAGCAAUAAAGUUUCUCAACAGG